GAAAGUCAUGUGUUUAUUGGUGGUAGCACAUCUGCAUCUGUUUAUGAGCCGCUGCAGGGUGUUGCGGUGUGGUGUGGCGGUGCUGUAAUGGUGCUGUGGCUGUGUGGCGUGGUGCAGUAGAGGUGUGGGGCAGUGUGGGGUGGAGUCAGGCUGUACGGGGGAGUCUAGGGCGGUGAUGGGCGGUGCAGACCAGUACAGGAUGGUGUUGAGGAUGUGAGGUGCUGUGGAGCGGUGUAGGACUGUGUGGGGGCUGUAGUGGUGGUGCAAGAUUGUGUGGGGGCUGCAGUGGUGGUGUAGUGGUGAUGAGGGCCUGGGGCGAGAAGAGUACCUCGGCGGCGGCUCCUCCAGCCCUUCGGACUCCUCCUCCCCACCCACACCGUCGGACACCCCCCACCCCAUCCGCCGCGGGGCAGGGCGGGCAGCAGCCUUCCGCCCACCCCUCCGCCAGCCAGGGCCUGCCCGUACAGCUGACUCCCGGCCUCGUACUGGCCUCCUCCGUCCCAGGUCCCAUUGCCAUCACCACCACUACCGCCGCCACUCAGUCCCAGUCUUCCUCCUCCUCCUCCACUAAAGCCACGGCCAUGCUGACAGGAGGGAGCGUGGUGGUGGGCGGCGGCGGCGGGUCGGUGAUGUACGCAGCGGGCGGCGGAGUGGUGUACGCCGCCCCUCAGGCCCACGUGACGGAGGGAGCCACGCCUGUCCUGCUCAACCUGCCCCCAGGCUUGCAAGUCACCAACGACCAAAAUGGUCCAGGCACAGGUCCACUGGUCACCUUACCCAUGGCUCUGACCUCAGCAGCCCUCCAACAGUCAGCUGCUGCCGUGGUGGUGUCAGCGGCCUCAGUGGCAGCUGCCUCCAGUAACAGUAGCAGUAAAGGUAGUACCAGCCAGGCUGCCCCCACGGACUUAUCAAUGCACAUCAAGAGAGAGAAGCGGCCAUGAGCCCUGCUGGGAGUAGUAGGGUGGCUGGGUGUGCAGGUGUGGGUGGCAAUAGUGGUGGUGGUGAGGGUGGUGCUGUGCCUUGAGUCCCCGCCCAGGCAGCACUGGAGCCAAGGUGACUCGUUCAUCAUGCGUCGCCAGGACCACAACUCCUGGGGAUGCUACAUGUGAUCUGUAGUCAUUUCAAUUAGGCUAGUUUGGUACGAAGAUUGGUUUUUGUACAUUGGAAUAUCAAAAGAUACUUUAGCUCAAGUAAUUUUAUCAGACAGGUAAUGACAGGUAUUGGCUGUUCACUAAAUCUUAUCUGUACUUCUAUUUCAAUUAUUUCCAUGACAGUACAUAUGGUGUACAAUACUACUAACUCAUCAGAGUUAUUUAUUCAUACUGUUUACUUAAGUGAGGUACAAAAACUGUAAAUUUAAUAAGAGGCCUUUGAGUCCUCCAAGUCAAUUGUUAUGGUGUCCUCACUGUCACUACACACUGUAGUGUCAGUUGAUGGACACCACUUCAGAAUUUAGUAAAUUAUACAUUUUGUUAAGUAUUGUUAUGAUUUGGCCAUGAGUGGUGAUGCCUGGCCAGGAGAGUGGUGACAGAGGCCACAGUGCUCCUGUCCAGGGGGAGUGGCGGCCAUUGGACCUCAAGUGUGAAGCCUUUGGGCAUGAGAAGGCUGGAUGACUAAAUGUGUCUGCUGCCUGGCUGAAGUGUACCUGGCAGCAAGCUCCUGCCACUGCCUGGAGAAGGUGGUGGUGGGUAGGAGCAACAUUGCCCAGCCAGUCAGUUCGGGAGGGGCGGGACAGCAAGUUGUGAGUCAAGUAGUGUGGGGAUGUUUAUUUUGACUUAUAGUAUAGCUGAAGAUUAUGCAGUUAUAAACCUUGCUUGAAUUUUGAUGAAUUUAAAUGCAGCACUUUUCUACAUUCUCAAGAAUUUCACGAUUAUUAACCCUUUCACUUCCCUUAAAUGCUAUGUAAAUAUGCUGACAUGUUGCUGCCACUUCAAGUUUUGUUAUUAGCAUUAUGUACAGAAGAAAUCACAAAGAGGCUCUUGUUUUAUGAACAGUUUGGUGGUGACCUGCCAGGGUGUGGGGACCAGCCCCCCCCUACGCCAGGUGGGGCCACGAGAGGCUUUAUGUUAGUUCCUGUUGUUGUUGUUUUAAGGGGAAGGGGUGGAUGCUGGGGUUGAAACAUACAAAUAAUUUUCAAGUGGCAUUAGAUUAUUGGACCUAUAACACACAUUAGAACAUUGCAGGUGGACAGAGAUUCCUUACUUUGUACACAAGUUAUUCUGUAAGUGGUGAUGGGGGUUUCAUGUAUUUAAUUUGAUGUAAUGUGGACAGAUCAACAGUAGGAGGUGUGUUCAUUGAUGGUGUCUGAUGUGAAGACUCCUUGAGAUGUGUGUACCUUUGUGUGUCCUCAGCAGUUCACAUGCUGCAGCUACAGAGGUACAGCACCUUGACCAGACUCAUGAUGCUUCAGAACCUGAAGUUACAAACAACUCUACUGUCUAUUGGUCAUUUUGGUGCUCUAUUCAUUCCAUAGAUUGGCUACAAAAAUCUUACUUUACACUAUUCAGCCAUUUGCUUGUGUUAUUGGCAUCUCAGGUCUUGUGAAUGAAUCCACAAGUGUGUGGUGUGGCUGUCAGUCUGGGUGUGAAGUGAUGGCCAGCAUUGACAUAACUUCUGUCACCAUUGGCUUCUGUAUUCAUCCAUUCUGAUGCCUGUUCUUGGUUGCUGAUGCUCAUGAGAAGGAUGAACAUCAGGGAAGAGAUUGUUUUUGAUUACAAAAAGUGGGAGAGACUGAUAAGCUAUCAACCCCACAAGUGAAAAUAAGGAUGUGAAAUUAAAUGAUGAUGAAUAAAUGGGUUGCCAGUGAAAUGGGCAUAGCAGAAGAGUCUCCACUUGAUCUUGCUAUACUUUUCAUCCUUACACACUUCAGUCCUUUCAGUCUCCCAUUCUCUCAUUGAGUGUCACAUCUAUUACACUAUCUACAGAACAAUUUUCUGUGAGCUGAGGUGACCAAGUAUUUGUGAAGGAAAAGAAGAAAGGUAAAACCAAAAUAUUCAUCGUACUGUUUACUUUUGGAUCAACCACUUUUUUUUUUUUUUUUUUUUUUUUUUUUUUUUUUUGUGUGUGUGUGUGUGUGUGUGUGUGUGAUUAGGAAUCUUGAUAUCUUCCAAAAUAUAUUCUGAAGUGCCCUGAGGAAUCCCAUCACUGCUUCCUGAAAACUGGUUCAGUCUGACAAACUGUCACUGUGCAUUGCCAAACUGUAUUGGUUCUGGAAGGUGCAGAGAGCAAGAUAAAUUAUCAUUCUUAUAUGUUCUGUUUUGAUUUAUGGUAAAAUAUUUUAUCUUUUUUCAGUAUGUUAUUCACUUAGAGUUUUGAGACUUCCUGUCCUGAUGUGUUUGACCUUAGCAUUAGCAUCACCCUUUAUGACCUCUUAGUGACCAUUACCCUGCAGCCUUAGGCCAAGAGUGGACUGAUCAUAGUGCCUUCUCCUCAAGGUAUUAAUUCACGUGAGCUUUAUUUACACAUGGUGAAGUGGGCCUGGAAGCCGGCAACCAUUGUUAUUUUCGGCACGUACCAUUGCUUAUGUUUGCUUACCAAAGGCUUUGAUAUCUAACCCUGUCCCGAAGGUACAUGGCGUCUGCUUUCCCUUAGUGGUGUUCCAGUGAACCAUGUUUGGAACCUGACAGAGAGCAACUUUAGUCAUAUUGUGUUGUAUAUUUUGCUUUCAUUUGAUUUAUUUCAUGCUCUACUUAUUUUUGGUCAUUUUCAUGAUCUCACAUCAAAAUUUAUCACUGUAAUAAAUACCUGGUGGAUUGCAUACAAAUAGCGUGUGACGGGUAUGUGGCGUUGGCAUCACCUCACCAGCACUGUUCCCUGGUGUACUGCGCCUUGGGGAAGUGGUGUCAGGAUGUACAAAAUGUUCACACAGAAAAAUUGUCAGACACCCACCUCUGCCCAUCACACCCCUGGCUCUUGGUCUUUGUGGAGCUCCUGACAUGAAGCAGCACAUGACCUCCUGAUAUCAAUUUCUAUUUGACAUGAAAUUCACUGGGCUUAGUGACACCACUUCCUUGGGCACCUGUACAUCAGCUUGCUUAUGAGGGCACACACCACUCACUGAAUAACCCAGCUUAUGUUAUUAUUAUUAUUUAUUUAUUCUUUUUUCUUUCCAAAGUAUUUUGUAACAAAGUACUGCCAACAUCAGUAGCAGGCAGAUUACUCAUAAUCAUGUCACAAUGUAAAUGUAGAAUUAUUAUUUUUUAUGUGCAGUAGAAUUCUAUAAAGAACAGUAUUAUUUAGUUGUGAUUUAUGAGUAGCUGACAACACUUAUUUUUUAAUCAUGCAUCUCAUUUUUUUUCCUGUUGCACUGGAUUCCUACAUUCAACUUUCUUGUGACACUCAACACAUUGUGAGAUGGGCAGCUAUGUUGGAGAAAAUAUACAUGGCAUUAUAGAUUAAAUUAAUAAAAGCAAUAAAGGGUUCUCUUGCCAAACUUAUAAGAUGAUAAGAAAAUAAAGGAGGCUGCAAGAAGCCAUCAGGCCUACAUACAGCAGUCCCUGUAGAUCAUAAAAAUUCCUGUAAAUCAUGAAAAAAUAUCCCAGAAGAAACUUUUGCCUUAAAAGAAAUUUAUCGUUUGAGAAUCUGAGUGAGCAUCCACAAUGGGAAGAAAUCUUUAAUUAGCAUGCAUUUGUUUUUUGGAUAUAAAGUAUUGUGAAUUAUAAUUAAAAUUUUCCUGAUGACUUUGUGUAAAUGUGUUGUGAAGGCCUGUACUGCUGUAGGCUGUAGUAAUCAAGGUGUGUGAAUGGCCAGGCAGAAAAAAGGCCCUUCGUAAUUACAUAUCCUUAGAUUUCAUGAGGCUGAGUAAGAUUAGUCAAUAGAUGUAAUUGCUCAUAAAUACUUUAUCACUGAACAAUGCAUAACCAAACACAGCAAUGCACUGUUGCAGCCUCAUUGACUUGUAGGAAAGAGAUAGUUUAUAUAUUGCAUACCAAACAUAUCUAGGAAACUUUCCUCUGUUCUUAGUCUUACACAAAAACAUGCAAUAGUGAAACAUUCCUAAACAAUUUAAACAUCACUUGAAGAAUAAGAUGGUCCUCAUACAUCCAUGUGAAGAAGCAAGGAGCCAAGAGAGUCCACCCAAGAAUAGAUACGCAAGUACAUUUGUGAUCAGAAAUUGAGUACCUUUCUGCAUUUUUGUAUUUUGUCUCCCUCUCAAGUCCUCUUAUCCAGUAAGUCUCUAUACAACACCUGACAGUUGGUGGGUUCUUGAUUCUUUAUUCUUGGAGGUCAGAAGACUUGACACUAAAAGUGCAUAAGUGUAAAUUUGAUGAAAGGAGGAAGACCUUGAGGGAAAAACACUAAACAUAGUUGAAGUGAAUGUGGUAAGUUACUCAUUUAAUGACCAUGACUGUAAUUUCUCUUGCCUGCAUCCCUUCUUAUGGUAAUCACUAGGAAGCUUAGGAAAGAAGAGUACAUAAAUCAUGGGUGUAUGUAUAAUGAACCAAGAGAUAGGUUAGAAUAAAUAGUUUUCCUUCUAAAAGAUGCCUUUUAAACUGAUAUUGUGUGCAUUAUGUUUGUUUUGUAGUGAGGGUGCUGGAAAUGAAAGAAGGGUUGGCCUCAAUAAGCCCCUGCCACAUGAGAACCCUUUGUUCCUUUCCCCAUACAGAAAUGGUGGAAUUCCAAUGAACAUGCCAUAUGAAAGCCCUUUUAUUCCCUUCCCCAGGCAGAGACAGCAUACUCCCACAGUCCUUAAUGGCCUCUCUACUGAACCAACUAAUGACACACGUUUGAAUAGAUUUGUUAGACAAGCUUGAGAAGGAAAGACACUCAUUUCAUCUAUCACUUAUCAAACUCAUUAUAUGUAAAACUCAGUCCUCUAGUUGUCAUGUAUUUGACACCGCAACCAGAAGCCAUGGACUGUGCAUUGCAAGCAUAGUAUUAUAGUACAAACCACUCAUAGAUGCAGAGAAAGACUUAUGGUUCUACUGUACUUUGUUCAGUUGAGAUGCUUUGUUAUCAUUCAUUUGUCUGGUUCACUUGCUGCUGAUGUUUGCUGUUUGUUUUUCUUGAUUUAUAAUGCAAUGCAUGGGUCACUUUCAUUGAGUCUUGCCCAUCAGUGUCCACAGGUGUGGUGUGGGUAACUGCCUUCCUGAUCCUGUCACUUGGAACGUCAAAAAUGUGCUUAAAGACAUUGUGUUUUGGGACCAGAGGCUUACUCUUUGUAGUCCUUUAUGUAAGUAGGACUUUUUUUUAAUAUUGAAAGGAUAGAAUUGAAAUACACCCUUGAAUAAC